UUCAGUUCAUGCAACGUAGGCGAAUUGGCGCGAAGGAGAGGAGAGCGCGAGUAGUAGGAGAGCCCGAGCUUGAAAGAGGUAUCCUCCUCCCCCGAUAAAGAGAGUCCGAAGCGCGCCAGGCAAGCAGCGCGAACGCGUCUUUUCCUCCCCCUCCUUCUUGGUUUGUCCCAUCGUCGUCGAUCGCGUGUUUUUCGACGAUACUGUUGCUGCAACCAAGCAAGCAACGCAGAUCGUCGUCGCGCGUAUCGUACACGUAGCGAUGUCGUAGCGUAGCAAAAGUGUUCCAGAGAGAGUGCAGUGUGGGAGAAAGAAAAAAUAAUAAUCAUAGACACUCGGACAAACACAAUAUGCAGCUCUUUCACAAGGACAAGAUAUUGUCGCCGGGUCAAUUGAAACGACUUACAGAACACAAGUACAGCUGUUCUUCGGCAAGUCUGUGCGACAAGUUUCUCCAACCCUGGUGGGAAUGGCUGACGAGUAGAGUGCCGAUUUGGCUUGCUCCUAACCUUAUCACUACUCUUGGGCUUAUUAUCAAUAUCGUUACCACCCUUGUACUCGUUUGGUACUGCCCUGAUGUGAAGACCGAGCCACCAAGAUGGGCAUGCUUUCUGUGUGCUGUUGGUCUUUUUGUUUACCAAAGUUUAGACGCCAUUGAUGGGAAACAAGCAAGAAGAACUGGAACAUCAACACCAUUGGGUGAACUGUUUGACCAUGGCUGCGAUUCUAUUUCGACAGUGUUUGUUGCUUUGUCAGCAUGUAUUGCAGUUCAACUAGGGUAUUACCCAACAUGGAUGUUUUUCCAAUGCUUCUGUGCUAUGACUCUGUUCUAUUGUGCACAUUGGCAAACGUAUGUGUCAGGCUCCUUGAGGUUUGGAAAAAUCGACGUGACUGAGGCUCAAUUUGUAAUAAUCGGAAUCCACCUCAUUUCAGCAAUCUUUGGCCCAGCUAUAUGGACGAAGGAGAUACCAUUAUUAGAUGGUUUUCAGUUUAAAUAUUUAAUAGGAGUUGCAACAAUGGUCUGUGCAUUGACAAAUUUGUAUUCCAUCUUUUCGGUGGUAUUCACAGGAGGUGUGGGCAAGAAUGGUUCGACUGUGGCUAUCCCGUUACCUAACAUGGGUACAUUCUCUCAUUUGGUAGCGAUAGCAUUUUAUGCAGGCUACGUAAACGUGUUCGUUCAGUUCUGUAAAGUCUUUGAAUCUGGUGGAAUCGGAAAAAACGGUUCGACCAUUGCAUUGCCAUACACUGGCACCAAUGUGAAGAUCUUUCCGUUGUGGGGCGCAGUUGGCGUAGCCGCUUUGCUCGCGCUCAGCAGCAUGUCCGUCAUACUGGCCGGGGGUGUCGGAAAGAACGGCUCCACCGUCGCCGGGACCUCGGUUCUGUCGCCCAUCAUACCGUUCAGCUUCGUCGUCGUCCCGGCCUUCAUAAUCUACAGGAAAAGCGCUGAACACGUCUACGAGAAUCAUCCGGCACUUUACAUUCUCGCGUUUGGAAUGGUCGCUGCCAAAGUCACAAAUCGUCUGGUAGUCGCGCACAUGACAAAAAGCGAGAUGCAAUAUCUAGAUAGCUCAUUAAUUGGACCAGCCAUGCUGUUUCUUAACCAGUACUUUAACUUUUUUAUCAAAGAAUAUUAUGUCCUUUGGCUGUGCUUUAUUUGGGUAACCUUCGACUUACUACGAUACAGCGCACAAGUUUGUCUGGAGAUCUGCGACCAUAUGAACAUCGAAUUGUUCAGGAUACCAGUGAUGGACCAGCAUUUGAAUCAAAAUCAGCGUAGCAAUGUUAUCGAGAAAAAUGUGAAAAUGUCGCUCGACCAGGAGCCGUUACUCUACGAUCAGCAGGAUUACACACCACGUCAUACCAUGCAUCAUCAUCACUUCCAUGGCUCUGACACGUCACUCGAUCUCUGACCAGACAGUGACUUUGUCUCGGUGGCUGUUCACGUUGCCAAGACUUAAAGGAUCUUUCGGCGUUGCGUAGUUAAUUUUUUGCUCGAGAGUUUUUGCAUUUCUGAUAUGUAAGAGCUGUGUCUACGCAUAUUUAAAGAAUGAAACUUGUUAUCAAACGAACUUAAAAUUUUUAUUAGUUGAAAUGUUUAUUGUUGAAAGCUUUAACGAAAACGUCAUUUAAUACGGUGAUAUACUAAUAGACACAGUUCCAUUCAUGAUCGAAACAAAAGAGCUUUUACACUGAUAGCAUUUAAUUAAAUUAAGAUUUUUAUGAAUUGUAAAUACAGGUGUAAAUGUUUAUACCUUUGAUAAGUAUUUUUAUACAGGUGUAUUUUUAUCGAGCACGAGGAUUAUAUAUAUAUGUAUAUGUAUAUAUAAUAUUAUAGUCCAUCCAUUACCGCAAGAUAAACUUGCCUUAACAUCGAGCAUCGAACAAUCUUGGAAUUCAAUGAAUGCAGUAUUUUGUAACAUUUUUCAGGGAGAUUUUAAACCAAAAGCAGUUAAUAAUCACCUCAUUCGUAUUCGGAGAAUUGACAUAACAAUUUUGUUACGUGUUCGCGCACUCAUCGUGUAUUUAUAUGAGAGUUAAUAAAGUAGAUUAUCAUUAGCAGAUGUGCCGCACUUAUCAUAAACUUAUGCUUCUCUUUUCAUGUUCUUGGAGAUUUGCUUUAAUUAUUUUGUAUUCUACAUAUUAAUGUCAAUGCAUAUUAUUGAUUAAAUUUUUAUUGAUUAAAAAUCAUCUGAUAUUUUUCUUGUACUCAUUGAAAAUCGUCACAAAAACGAAUAUUUGUAAUUUUGUAAUUUAUAAGAAAUAAUUUAAAUUUUACUAAAGCACGAUAAAUCAUAAUGAGAAAAAGUGCCUUUUCCGUAUAAAAUAGGAGUGUCCAAUCGAAAUCAGGACGAUAAAUGGUGCUUUGUAAUAAAUCAUGAAAAUUACUUUUAAUAUAACUAUAGUGAUAGUGAUCUGCAAUUUUUUGUCAAUAAAUAGAAAACUUGUUGAUAGUAACAGUAAACAGAGUAUCAAGGACAUUAUGAACAAAUUAUUUAUUUCGUUUAUUGGAUAAUACUAUAAUUGCAAAUAUUAAUGUUUAUUGCCUUACAUCAACUUAUAUAUAGAAGAUAUCAUUAGCAAUUUAACAUUGUUACCUAUUUAAUCUAUGUUGAUAAUUAGCCCUUUUCUUCAAAUGAAUGCUGUUGAAUUUCGAAUAUAAAUUAUUAAAAGGUCGUUCGUUGUUUUUGAAAUUAUGUACAAAAAGUUGAUUGUUAUUUGGAAGAUAGGAACGGGUUGAAAUAGAUCUUAAUUAAUAAAAAAUUAUGAAUGUUGCGCGAGAUAUACGUGCAUCGGAAAAAAACAGGAGUAGUGUACUCGGUAAAUCUCGACCUGUGUCUUUCGAAGAGAAUUAUACUGUGCUGUCUGUGUCUUAUUUUUAAUUGAAUGAUAUUUAUA